AUAAAGAAAACACUUAUUAGUGAAUUAAAGAAGGCCCAGAAAUGUUACAAAGCAAAUGCAGACCAAAAACGACAAGAAGGUCACAAUUUCAAAGUUGAAAAUGAAUAUGAAGUCAAUAAUAUACUUGAUGUGAAAAAAAUUCAAAAGAAAUUAUACUACAUAAUUGACUGGAAAGGUUAUGACAUCAAUGAACAAUCCUGGGAACCUGCUAACAAUGUGGUUUAUGCUAAAGAAGCUCUUGAUAUCUUUUAUCACAUUACUCUUAUAAGCCAAGGCCAAAACUCAGGAACAAAAGUAAGAAAGAGAGAUUUUUAG